CGGACGUUUCUGGGCCCCGUGGAGCUUCUCGGCAGCCGAGCCCCGCGCUGGGAUCGUCCCCAGGCGGCCCUCUGCGGCCGCGAGGCGCUGACAAACCGACAAAAGCCCUCAGCGCCAGCGGCCCGAGCAAAAAGUCAGUACGGCCGACGCUGCUCCGCUCGGGUCCCUCGGAGACACAGUCUGAGCACCCUGGCGCGCAAGAAGCUGUGCACGGUGCGGAGUCUGCGACAAAAAAUGGGGCCGAAAACUCCUAUCUGAAGGGAAGAGGAGGGUGAGGAGAAUAGCUGUUGUCUCGCAGCGCUCGCACAGUCCAGCACAGGGAGGGAGACGAAGACAAGGAGGAGGAUAGGAAGGAGGCGGUUCACUAUUGAGCUCACGCGCACGGCAUGAGCUGUUCCCCGACGGGAGGCGACGAGGAAGGUACAGGUCAAUGAUCUACGCAGCUCGUGGCAGCCUACUUCUCCCUGACGCGGCGGACACUGAAAAGGGGUCCGGAGAGCGACGCGAGCAGGGUGAGACCCCUGCUUUGAGCAGGCAGCCGUCGAUGCGGCCUGCGGCCCCGAAGGGGCUGGGGCAGGGACACGAGAGACCAGAAUCGAGUCGAGAAGUCGGAUCGGAGUCGAAAUGAGCCAUGCAGGGAUCCUGCUGGACUGCCGCCUCGUGCCCAUGGGCUGGUCUCUGCUUGACAAGGAGCCGCACGGGCUGCAGGCUACAGCGCAUACACAACUGCACUCCCCCUUCUUCCUGGCCGCUGGCAGCUAAGCUGCGCUCAGGGGCCUUGCUGGGGCGCCGCCCAGAGGGGGCGGCGCCCGGCUCCCCGGGGGCGGCCGCGCCGGUGGCCCCGGCCUGCCUCGGCCGCCGACGGGGAGCCGAUGGAGUCGGAGCCCAUGGAGUCGAUGGGUCGUCGCCGCUCGGCGAGCCUGCUCCGGAGUCGGCGAAGGGGCCGGCGCGGCGGCGGCGCUGCGGGCUGCUCGGGACCCGCCGGGGCCCGCAGCGGCGCGGAGGCCGCGCCCGGCAGCGGGGCGCGCUACGGCGGGCCGCC